AUGAAUCUCUUGCCAGUGAAUUUACCCAAAUUACUCUCCAGUCAAAUCUACAAUGCAUUGAGGAGGGGAGAGGAAGCAGAAGAGACAGUUGGAUAUUUUUUCCAUCAUUUCAGUAAUGUGUCAGCCUGGAAUUGUGUCUGCUCUAAUUCGUAUUUAAAACUGGGUUCUCGAGGAGCUGUCAUUGAAUACCGCGCCUCGCUUGGUAGAACGUGCGUGUCUCAGUUCCUUGUCGGAUCGCUGCUAGAAGCCACUGCCUCUUUGGGUGCCAGGAGCGGAUCUGUAAACGUAUCAGGCGGUUCAACAGGAGGAACGGCGCUGAAAGCACGCCAACUGAGCCCCUCCAUGGCAAGUUCAAACACUCUCUCCUCCAAUGGAUCCGGGUUCAGUAAAGAGCUGAUAGAACUGCAGUCCCUCAUUCAGUUUCCGGAAGAGGUUGCCAGCAUUCUGACUGAGCAGGAACAGAAUAUCUACCGGAAGGUUUUACCUAUUGACUACCUCUGCCUCUUAACCCGGGAUUUGGGAAAUGCUGAAUGCCAGCAUGAACUGCCAUGUAUCAAAGCCUCUUUAUCUGCAUCUCUUCUUCCGUCCCAAAAUGGGGAGCAUAACCCUAUUGAAGAUCUCGUGACAAGAUUCAAUGAGGUGAGCUCCUGGGUGACCUGGCUGAUCCUAACUGCAGGCUCCAUGGAGGAGAAACGAGAAGUCUUCUCAUAUUUAGUCCACGUGGCCAAAUGCUGCUGGAACAUGGGCAACUAUAAUGCCGUUAUGGAGUUCCUUGCAGGCCUCAGAUCCAGGAAGGUAUUAAAGAUGUGGCAGUUUAUGGGACAGACUGACAUUGAAACCAUGAGGAGCCUGAAAGACGCCAUGGCCCAACAUGAGACCUCUGCAGAGUACCGCAAAGUGGUGAACCGGGCUCUGAAUAUUCCUGGCUGCAAAGUGGUGCCUUUUUGUGGGGUGUUUUUGAAGGAGCUCUGUGAUGUUCUCGAUGGAACACCCAGCCUGUUGAAACUUUGUCCUCGGUACAACUCUCAGGAGGAAACCUUAGAGUUUGUAGCUGAUUACAGUGGACAAGAUAAUUUCUUGCAACGAGUAGGGCAAGAUGGAUUAAAUAAUCCAGAAAAAGAGUCAACGGUCAAUAAUAUUUUUCAAAUUAUUCGGAGCUGCAAUCGCAGUCUUGAACCAGAAGAAGCGGAAGACAGCUUCAGUGAAGGAGACAGUUCAAGGAAAAAUUCUCUAAAGGAUAGAAUCCGAAUCCCGUUAGUUUUUGGAGAUCUGUCCGACUCAGAGAGUGACAUAUUUGAGCAGACAAAAGAAUGGGAGCUUCAUGGAACAGAAGAGCCCCAGAAGGCCUUCAGUCAUGGAACCGAGCUCAUUCCUUGGUACGUUCUGUCUGUCCGAGCUGAUGUCCAUCAAUUUAUCCUGCAAGGAGCGACUCUUAUCCAUUAUGACCAGGACACACAUCUCUCAGCCCGCUGUUUCCUUCAGCUUCAGCCUGACAAUAGCACCUUGACCUGGACGAAGCCCACGAUCGCCUCCCCCGCCACCGCAAAGACCAAAGCCGGGGUCCUAGGCAGUGGUACCGAUCUGGGCAAGAUGGCCUUCCCUGGCAGCACCGGACUAUAUGGCUUGGCAGAAGGUUUUGUGGACUUGUUCGCCGUUAAGGCCGUGUAUAUGGGCCACCCCGGUAUUGAUCUGCAUGCAGUAGCCAUUCAGAAUAAGCUGGGAAACAUGGCUCUGGCAGAGGCAGGGGUGACGCUUCUCUAUGGCCUUCAGACGACCGAGAAUAAGUUAUUACACUUUGUGGCACCAAAACAAACAGCUAAGAUGCUAUAUGAUGGGUUGCUGGAACUAACUAAUGCUGUAAGGAAAAUGAAGAAAUUUCCCGACCAGAGACUACAGUGGUUAAGGAAGCAGUAUGUCAGUCUAUACCAGGAGGAUGGCAGAUUUGAAGGCCCAACCUUGGCUCAUGCCGUUCAACUGUUUGGAGGCAGGCGCUGGAGUGCCCGACACACAGGCCCGGCAACUCUACCCAAGAGCACAGAGAAGGCUGCCUUGGGAAUAAGCUCAGCCAAGAAAAAGAAGAAAGUCCUCAUGAGGGGUGAAAGUGGGGAAGCUACUGAUGAUGAGAUGGCACCUCGUAAGGCCAAAAGUUGUAAAGAGUGCCGCAGCCGCAGUGGUUCUGAUCCCCAAGACCUUGAUGAGCAAGAAGAAUCAGAGCAAAGUGUGAUUACCAUCCCAUCCCAGGCACUGCCCUCCCGAAGAGCCCGUUCUCUAACUGCUUCUGGGUCACCAAACAUAACUCCAGGGGCCCCUUCACCCAUCAGACCAGUGUCCUCUCCUGUAUUAUCAUCUUCAAGCAAGAAUCAGUCCAGCUCCUGGAGUGGCCGAGUUCAAGGGCUGAAAGGCUUUCAGAGCUUCAUGGUUUCGGACAGUAACAUGAGUUUUGUUGAAUUUGUGGAGCUGUUCAAGUCAUUCAGCGUGCGUAGUCGCAAGGACCUAAAGGAUCUGUUUGAUGUUUAUGCUGUACCAUGCAGCCGAUCAGGAACUGAUUCUACACCACUUUACACCCACCUGACAGUGGAUGAAAACAGCAGUGGAGUCCAGCCUGAUUUAGAUUUGUUGACCAGGAACGUGUGUGAUUUGGGUUUGUUCAUUAAGAGUAGACAGCAGCUCUCAGACCAGCAGAGGCAGAUAUCAGAUGCAAUUGCUGCUGCAAGUAUUGUGACCAAUGGGGCUGGAGUUGAGAGCAUGUCCUUGGGCCUGUUUGCCGUUGGCAUCCAACAGCUCAAUGAUUUCCUAGUGAAUUGCCAAGGAGAGCACUGCACAUAUGACGAAAUCCUCAGUAUUAUUCAGAAGUUCGAACCAAGUGCCAGUAUGUGCCAGCAGGGUCUAAUGUCGUUUGAAGGAUUUGCCAGGUUUCUCAUGGAUAAGGACAAUUUUGCCUCGAAGAAUGAUGAGUCCCAGGAAAAUGUGGAAGAUUUCCAGCUGCCUCUGUCCUAUUACUACAUUGAAUCAUCACAUAACACCUACCUCACCGGUCAUCAGCUGAAAGGAGAGUCCUCAGUAGAGUUGUAUAGCCAGAUCCUUCUGCAAGGCUGUAGGAGUGUAGAAUUGGACUGUUGGGAUGGUGAUGAUGGGAUGCCUAUCAUUUAUCAUGGACACACACUUACUACCAAGAUCCCAUUUAAGGAAGUAGUGGAAGCCAUUGAUCGCAGUGCCUUCAUCACGUCCGACAUGCCAAUCAUCAUAUCCAUUGAGAACCACUGCUCUUUGCCUCAGCAGCGGAAGAUGGCGGAAAUAUUCAAGAAUGUCUUUGGAGACAAGCUGGUAUCUAAGUUUUUAUUUGAGAGUGAUUUCUCUGAUGAUCCAAUGCUUCCUUCUCCUGAACGGCUCAGGAAGAAAGUGCUCCUUAAAAACAAAAAGCUGAAAGCCCACCAGACUCCUGUGGAUAUAUUAAAGCAAAAAGCUCAUCAGCUGGCCUCCCUGCAGGCCCAGACGGGGAGCACCAGCAGUAGCAAUGCUGCUACCCCCGAGGAAGAGGAGGAGGAGGAAGAUGAAUACGAUUAUGACUACGAAUCUCUCUCUGAUGACAAUAUUCUAGAAGACAGACCAGAGAAUAAGCCACCGUGUGACAAGCUGCAGUUUGAAUACAGUGAGGAGGUCUCCAAGAGGAUAAAGAAAACCAGCAGUUCCGCAUCCCUCAAAGGAAAGGUCUAUGAUAUAGAGCUGGGUGAAGAAUUUUAUCUUCCACAGAAUAAAAAAGAAAGUCGGCAAAUAGCACCUGAGCUUUCUGAUCUUGUCAUCUACUGCCAAGCUGUGAAAUUUCCAGGUCUUUCAACUUUGAACCCAUCUGGCUCCAGCAGAGGGAAGGAGAGGAAAAGCAGGAAGUCCAUUUUUGGCAACAGCCCGAGCAGAACGGGCCCUGGGGAGACAGCAGCCCUCACAAAAGGACCCAGCAAAGGACCUAUGGACUCUGUGCGCCAAGCUGGGGAAGAGCCAGGCUCUCCAACAACCUCACUCAGUGCCCUCAUUAGGACACCCAAGUGCUACCAUAUCUCAUCCCUGAAUGAAAAUGCUGCCAAGCGCCUCUGCCGAAGGUAUUCUCAGAAACUGAUUCAGCACACUUCUUGUCAGCUCCUUCGAACGUAUCCUGCCGCCACUCGGAUCGACUCUUCAAAUCCCCAUCCCCUCCUAUUCUGGCUGCAUGGGAUCCAGCUGGUUGCACUCAACUACCAAACAGAUGAUCUUCCCUUGCAUUUAAAUGCAGCAAUGUUUGAAGCCAAUGGGGGCUGUGGCUAUGUUUUGAAGCCUCCUGUUCUCUGGGACAAGAACUGUCCAAUGUACCAACAAUUUUGUCCAUUGGAACGAGAUCUAGAAAGUAUGGAGCCAGCAAUAUAUUCUUUAACAAUCAUUUCUGGACAGAAUGUGUGUCCCAGUAACAGCACAGGCAAUCCUUGCAUUGAAGUAGACGUGCUGGGUAUGCCUUUGGACAGCUGCCACUUCCGCACCAAGCCCAUUCACCGAAACACCCUGAACCCCAUGUGGAAUGAACAGUUUCUCUUCCGAGUCCAUUUCGAGGACCUCGUGUUUCUUCGUUUUGCAGUCGUUGAAAGCAACAGUUCAGCAAUUACUGCUCAAAGGAUCAUCCCCCUUCGAGUUCUCAAACGAGGUUAUCGACAUCUACAACUCCGAAAUCUACACAAUGAAGCCUUAGAAAUCUCUAGCUUGUUCAUUUACAGCAGGAGGAUGGAAGAAAACUCCACUGGCAACACUCUCCCAGCCUCACUGCUGUUCAGCGCAGCAGAAAGGCACUGUUUGGUUACAUAUAGGGUCACAGUCCAUGGAAUUCCAGGCCCUGAACCGUUCACUGUUUUUACUAUAAAUGGAGGGACCACAGCGAAGCAGUUUCUUCAUCAAAUUUCAGCUUCCAAAAGUGGUGCAGAGCCAAUCACCACAGACUUUCUGUUGAUGGAAGAAAAAUGCUUUGUAUCUAAAGAAAAGAAUGAGUGCAGGAAACCACCAUUCCAAAGAAUAAUUGGUCCUGAGGAAAAGCUGGUGCAGAUUUUGAACAGCUGGUUCCCGGAAGAAGGAUAUGUUGGAAGGAUCAUCUUUAAAACCCAAGAGGAAAACUUAAAUGAGAAGAACGUAUUUUUGGAGUCCAAAGAAGAGGUGGCUUGGAGUUCUGAGGAAGAUAAUUUUUUUGUUCAAGUCCAUGAUGUUUCCCCAGAACAGCCUCGUACAGUCAUCAAAGCCCCGAGAGUUAGCACGGCCCAAGACGUCAUUCAGCAGACCCUCUGCAAAGCCAAGUAUUCCUACAGCAUUCUGAGCAACCCAGAUCCAUGUGACUAUGUCCUUCUGGAGGAAGUGGUGAAAGAGUCUGCCAGUAAGAAGUCCGCUACCCCAAAGCCAUCUCAGCGUGUUCUCUCAGAUCAAGAGUGUGUGUUUCAGGCUCAGAGCAAGUGGAAGGGAGCAGGAAAAUUCAUUCUCAAACUAAAGGAACAGGUUCAGGCGGCUCGGGAUGACAAACGGAAAGGCAUUUCUUUUGCAAGUGAAUUUAAGAAAUUGACCAAGUCAAGUAAGCAGCCGCGAGGGGUGGUGCCCCAAUCCCAAUUUACAGCUCCAUAUAAUCAGGAAGAGAAACCAACAUGCAGCCUGUCCAUCAGUAAUGAGGCAGAAUCUCACCCGUAAAUGUACCCAACCUGGUCAGGAAGUGCUUGGCAGAUGCUUGCAGAGGCCAAAGAACACAGCCUGAGUGAAGACACCCAGAAUGUAUGGUGGAAAUAGAUUCUGUCACCACUUUUCUUCUGAGAGGCCUUUCAUUUUUCUUAAUUGGAAAUGCCUAGGGGAUUUCUGAAAUGCAGUGUUCUUUUGCAGACAUGUGGCAGGUGUUUUGGGGGACUGUUAAACUGGGUAGUAUCAGGUUGGCCCUUGAAAGUCAAAGAAACCUGGGCCUCUGCCCUAGGUUUGAGUAAAGACAGCUCUUUGAAUAAGCUGGCCUGUUUGGCCACACUUUGAUAUUAAGAAAAGUCUCUUUGUCAACAAGUCUUUUAUUAGGAGAGAUUACUGUGAUUAAUUCCAUUUGUAGGAGAGUCUGUGGGGAUUCCAUCUGCCUGCUGUACUCUUUUAAAGGGGGAGUAUAAAUACCUAUAGUAUGUUCCAGUGGGUAAGUCACAAAAUGCUCAAUUCCUUCUUAUCCAGCUUGGUUCAAAACAUAGAGAGAAGAACAGUAGUAGCUAAUUGAACUGAGUAGUAUCUGUUGAUAAGGAACUCAGUAUUUUCUUAAGCAGAUUAGUGUUCCAAGUUUGAGCUUUAAAGCAAAAUAAUUUAUUGUUUCAAGAAGUGUAGUAACACUGUAAUAAUAUAUUUAUCAGACCUUCCUUUUAAAAUGUAGAUUUCUUUCUUUUGUGGAAAUUGUAUUAUGUGAGGUCAAAAAUCAUUUCAAAAAAGUGUUCUCUGAAUACCAAAACUGGCCAGGACUUUAAAUCUGGAUGUUUCCAUCUUAAAACCUUCCUUUUGAUAAAUCAGCCAAUAUAUUUCUCCACAUUUCAGAUGUCUGUCCACUUCAGAAUUGAGUCCAUGAAAUCCUACUCAUUUUCCAACUCAACCCUUUUAUUGCAAGGGCCUAGUAACCAGGCCACUCUGCCUGGGCUAGAAUCACCAGGAUUCAAGAGAAACCAGACAGCACCUGAGGUUACGGUGACUGCAGGACAGGCAGAGAGAUGGCUCUAGGAAUUGCCCAGUUUCUUGCAUUUCCAAGUGAUAACAAACUCAUGCAGAAACCCAAAUGCCUAUUCAUGGCCACAUACAUUAUCUGAUUCCAGUCAUGCACUAGUAUUUAUUGAGCAUCUAUUCUGUGCAGAGCACUGCAAUAAGUGCUUAUGGGAGUAGAGGAGGAUUUUUAGAACUUAGAUCCAGUCAGUCUGAGCUCUGCAUUUCCUGCUUUCACUCAAAGCUAAGUCCUCGUAACUCGAAAUUUGUGCAUUAAUUUUCAUUUGAUGGUGGUGUGCUGCAUGCCCUGCUCAAGAGAGUACUGUUUGAUGAUAUUAAUUCUGAAGUCCAGAAUAGGAAGUGUUCUGUUUAUCCACUGGCUAAACAGUCUGUGUAUAGGCUGUGGAUUUAAAGUGGGCACAUCCAGAUUCUGGCCUGAGCCUGAGGACAGAAACCUUUUCCUGUUUUCCUGUCAAAGGAUCUGAAGUGUUGUGGGGAAGGCAUUCCCAUACAUGUAAAGAACAUUAAAUUCUCUGCUGCUCAUUC